UUCCAUUCACCUCUGCCACUUCACAUUCACUAAUUUCUUCUUUCUGUUGGGAUAUUCCCUUACAAACAACAAACCUCACUUUCCACAUCCCAUAUCCAGCUCCUACAUAACCACACACCCACCCACCAAACACCAACACCAACACCACAUAAACCUUCAUCCAAAAUGAACGCCGCCUCUCUCGGCGACACCGCGCUCCAAUCCUCGGACCCAUCCACCGCAACCCUGCACUACACCACCGCGCUGCUCUCACACCCCCGAUCGCCCAGCUACUUCAUCAAGCGCUCGACCGCCUUCUCACGUCUAAAGCCGACGCCGAACCUCCCCGCCGCGCUCCGCGAUGCCGAGUCCGCUGUUCUGCUUGCCCGUGAGCGGGGUAAACGCGAGUUGAUUGUCGAGGCGCAGAUGCGCAGAGCUAUCGUGUUGUUUCUCAUGGGGAGGUAUGUUGCUGCGGAGGGCGUGGUGGGGGUUGUGGAGCGGAUGGUGGGGUUGGAUAAGGAGGGGGAUAAGGGGGAUAAGGAGGAGAAGGUGAUGAGGGCGAUGGGGGGUGCAUCUGCUGGUGGUGCUGGGAAGGGUGUUGAGAAGGAGUUGAGGGCGCAGUUGGAGGAGUUGAGGGGGGGUAAGAGUAAGAGUAAGAGUACGGUUGGGGGUGGUAAUGGUGAGAACGAGGGUCAGAAGGAUAGUGUGAAGGCUGAGAAGGAGGAAGAGGAGGAGAAAGCUGAGGUUAAGGAAGCUCAACAGCAACAGCAACAACAGCAGCAGGUCAAGGUCCGUCAUGAAUGGUACCAGUCCGGAGAGGCGGUCGUCGUGACGUUGUACGUGAAAGGCGUGCCUAAGGAUAAAGUGGCUAUUGAGCUGAAAGAGGACUCGACAUCCCUCCAAUUCCCCCUCCCCUCCGGCGCCGAAUACGACUUCACCCUCGACCCGCUCUUCGCCCCCAUCGACCCCUCCACCUCCAAGGUCUCCGUCUUCUCCACCAAGAUCGAAAUCUCCCUGCGCAAGAAAUCCCCAGGCCAGAAAUGGAGCGCCCUGGAAUCGUCCAGCGGAAUUACUCCCCAACCCACAAUUACACCUAUCACCACUGCCACCACACAAAUCAAACCACAAGCCCAGGGCCCAGCAUACCCUACCUCCUCCCGCCACGGUGCCAAAGACUGGGAUAAGCUCGCUUCAAGCCUAACCCAGAAGUCGAAGACCAAGAAGGAUAAUAAGUCCAGCUCGAAGCCAAAGGAUAGUCAAGGAGAAGGAGAAGAAGAUGAUGGAGAAGAUGAAGCAUCCGACGCCGAAUCCAUCAACUCGGACUUCGGAGGUGGCGAUGCCGUCGAUGGGUUCUUCAAGAAACUCUAUGCUAAUGCGGACCCGGAUACUCGUCGUGCGAUGGUGAAGAGUUAUGUGGAGAGUCAGGGGACUUCGUUGAGUACGAAUUGGGAUGAGGUUGGUCAGGGACCGGUUAAGGUUAGGCCGCCUAGUGAGUAGACUUUUCUCUUUUCAUCUUCCUUUCUCUUCUGGGGGGAUGGAGUGGGGGAAGAAAUGUGGGAGAGGAAUGGGGAUGCGAAUUGCAAGCGUGGAGUUUGUUUUCAUGGGUCUACUUACUAUCCAUGUUGUGGGUGCAUGUGGGUGGUGUUUAUGGUUUGGAAGUUUGAUUUCUUAUCUCUUUGUUUUCUUGUCUUGCUAGUUGCUUAGCUUAGCUCUGCUUUGCUUGUGUAAUGGUAAUCUGUUUGAGACUGAGAAUGUGGUGAUAUUUACUUGGUAAACAGAUAC